AUGCUCAAAUUCAUGGAAAUGUCUUCCGGAGAAUGGUUAUCUGAUCUUGAGAACGAAGAUCCAACAUCAAUAAUGCAUCAUUGUCAAAUGAUGAUGAGCUCCGAUGUAUUUGAAUUCGAAGAUAUUUUUCAAGCACCAGAUUUGAUCUUGGACACCAAAAUAAAGAGUAACAAUUUCGAGCCUGUUAUGGAGGCGACGAAUAAGAUCACACCGAGUAUUGAUUGUGAUUGGAGUUCAUCUGGGAAGCUCAUAUGUUUUGGGAGCUCGGACUUUGAAACAAAGCCUGAACUUAGUAAUGGUAAUAACAAGAGGGUUAUGUUGACUUCUAAUGAGCAUGUAGUUGCGGAGAGGAGGCGAAGGGAGAAAAUGACUCAAGGGUUUAUUGCUCUCUCUGCCCUAAUUCCUGGUCUCAAGAAGUUACACAUUCAUAUACUAAUUAAAACAGACAAAGCAUCAAUCCUGGGUGAAACAGUUGAGUACCUAAAACAACUUGAAGAUCGAGCCAAAGUUUUGGAAGAACAGACUUCGAAGAGAACAAUGGAGUCUGUUUGUCUUGUUAACAAGAUACAAACGCAAACUUUUGAUGAUGCUGCUAAUUCUUUUUCAUAUUCCAACAAAAUUAUGAGUCCUGAUGAUAACUUGGAAAUUGAGGCCAAGGUUGUAAACAACAAUAUCUUCAUUAGGGUUCACUCUCUUAAGAAUCAUGGCCUCAUUCACCAUAUACUUGAGGAAAUUGGAAAGCUUAAUUUAACCACUUUAAAUUGCCAAACCAUGCCAUUUGGAAGCUAUGCCAUUAAUAUCACAAUUCUUGCUAAGCUGAAGUGA